UUUGGUAUACAGGAUAUGGUUGCGCAUGCGUGACGGUCGCACCAAUGAAAUCCAAAGUCGGUAAAUAAACAAUGUCGUCAACAUCAUAUAAAUCCAUACAUACAUUCUCGUAAGUAUGUAAGUUUGCAGAGAAUUGACAAUGAAAUAAGAAAUAUCAAAAUGAAUGGUUUCCAUUGUGACUGCGGGUAUGUGGCCCAAAGGGCUAAUGUGCGAGCAAUGUAACUGCAUUUGAUCUUAAACAGUGGAGAGACUGUAUUGGAGCCACAACCGCAAAUAAAUAAUGUGGCUUAAACGUGAUGCUCAUUUCAUAUAUUUGUACACUGUAAACCAUUCCGCAAAAGUUCGUCGCUGUGCUCAUACAUAUUAGUUCGUCCGGCUGUGACUGGCCCAAGCGCACACAGUUACUGUGCGUAUCUCGAUAGCGGUAGUUCGUUUGUUUAUCCGCUUUGCUCAUCCCCAGCAUAGGAGUGUAAAUUUCGAGUUUUCGUGAGAAACAUUUGUGUUUGGAAAACUGGAUAAGCAAAAAGUGCUAAAAGUGAACGAGAAACGAGAAAAGUCGUAGGAAUUUUCAAACCUUACUACAUGUAAACUGACGGUGUUAUUUUUUCUAAUUUCUCUCUGGAUUGGUGUUUGCACUUUUAAGUUUAAACAAAAUGGUUUUGAAGCCUGAAUUAGAUGAACUUGUCAAGGUACUACAUGAAUGGAUUAGGACGCAGCCGCACUUACCACAGGCUAUAGAGAAGCCGGUGCUCGAACGCUUCCUCUAUUCGAUGUUCGGCGAUGUGGCGGGCGCCCAACGCUUGCUUGAGCUCAACUAUGCGCUGCGCAACAAGUAUCCGCACAUAUUUCUGCAACGCGAUCCCGCGGAUCAAGAGUCGCAGCAGCUGUUGCAAGUCGCAGACUUGUUGCCUCUGCCUGGACUGACACCGGACAAAAAUAAGCUGCUUUUGUAUCGCCUCAUCGAUUACGAUGCUGAUAAGUUUAACUUUACGGCCAGCAUUAAAGUGUUCUUUAUGAUGGCAGACCUGCGAUUCGUCAUACCCGACGAGGCGGGCAUGUGCGACGGCGAGGUGCCCAUUUUCGACAUGGCCGGCUACAGUUUGCGGCAUGUGGCUCGCACGGUCUUCAGCUCGCUGCGUGUUUAUAUGAAAUUCGUGCAGGAGGCACACCCAGUGCGCUUGAAGGCUAUUCACGUGUUAAAUUGUCCGUCUUAUUUGGAUAAAGUGCUGACGGUGGUGAAGCCGUUCAUUAAGAGUGAGGUGUUUAAGCUUAUUCAUUUUCAUCUACCUAAUGCCGAUACACCCUACAAACACUUCCCACGUGAUAUGUUGCCGGAGGAGUACGGUGGAAAGGCUGGCAAUUUGGCCGAUUUGAAACAGAAAUGGACGGAGCUACUCACUGAGAAAAGGGAUUAUUUGAUGAACCCCGAUGCAUGGAAAAUCGACAAGAGUAAGAAGCUUAAAGCGACGACACAACAGUCGGAUAACAUUUGUCACAACUUGAAAACACUGGAGAUUGAUUAGUAAACUACAUUUUUGCUUUGUAAAUAUGUAUAUACAAUAUAUAUCAUAAAAUUUAUACUUAUAAACGA